AUGGCAACUGGUGUGAUUGAAAAAGGUCCCGUUGUUUGGCUUGAGCCGUGCUGUUCAGUCGAAUCUGUAGUCGAUCCUCAUGAGCACAUUCAACUUAAUUUACGAGAGCUAAAAGGACCAGUGGGCAGCCGGCUGAAUAUAUACAUUGCCGCGUCACUUGCUGCUUCGGUCAUGCCUAACUCCCUAUAUAAACCAUAG